AUGUCGUCACACGAAGACAGUAUUGACUCGAAAGAAGUUAAGGUCGAAGACCCAGUCGCUGUGGCAGAUGAGCAGGCACUUUCACAAUACACGUUCACGGAGACGAAAAAGAUUCUACGAAGAAACCUGGAUUCCAACAUUGUCUCCUACGUUAAAACUAUCAACACCGGUAAAUCCACGAAUAUUCUUAAGCAACUUCACAUGACUACGGACCAGUAUGGUUACCUGUCUACUGUUUUCACGUGUACUUUCCUGGCCUUUGAAGUUCCCUCAAACUUGAUUCUGAAAUGGUCGACACCUCGGCUGCACUUCUGUCGCAUCAUAUUCUUCUGGUCCGUGGCUGCAUGCUGCCAUGCUGCGGCGACAAACAAAGGCGGUCUUUAUGCUGCUCGCGCGUUUCUCGGUGUCUUUGAGGCCGGGCUUUUCCCCGGAAUCCUCGUGCAAAUGACAUUCUGGUACCGCCCAGAUGAGCUCGCUAUCCGAAUGGCCAUGAUCAAUGUCCUCGGACAAUUCAGUAAUAUACUAGAUGCUUUGAUUGCCUAUGGCCUCGCGUAUAUCGAUGGACGACACGGUCUGUCAGGUUGGCAGUGGGCUUUCAUCAUUGUCGGCUGUAUAGGCUUCGUGCUCACAGGCAUCAUUUUCUUAUUUCUUCCCGAUUACCCCGAUUCUCCUCAGGGUCAUAGACAGUUCCUCACUCCACAGGAAGGCAAGUUCAUAGUCGAUCGCCUUCCUCCCACCUCACCCCGCCAGUCUGAUGCCAAUUUCAACUGGGAUGAUGUCAAGGCCGCGUGCAAGGAUCCGCUUCUUUAUGGAUUCAGCUUGAUCAUGCUUUGCCAACAGACCGGUAUUGCGGGAUACACCUUCUGGCUUCCCUCGAUUAUUGCAGGAUAUGGAUUCACGACUACGACGAACGCCCAGCUGCUUAACAUCCCUCCUGCCGCUAUUUAUAUUAUAUCCGCUCUUGGAUUUGCCUGGAUUUCUGACCAUACUUUCAAAAUACCCCGGCCUGUGUACAUGCUUGUCUCUCUCGUCGUCCUUAUCGGUACCUUUAUUGGUCUCACCGUGUGUCGGAACAAUGCAGGGCUGCUGACGCUCAUCCUCCUUACCGCGAUACCCUACGCAAUAUACCAGACGAUGAUAUACCCAUGGCGUUCCCAGAGCACCAAAGGAUCCGCAUAUGCCUCCUUUGCGUUCGCGUUCCAGAAUAGCGUGGGCCAGAUUGCAAGUAUUUUUGCUGCCCAGAUUUUUCAGUCCAAGUAUGCGCCAAGAUAUACCAUCCCCUACAUUGUGUGCAUCAUAUUCUUUGCACUUGCAUUGCUUGCAGUCCUCUUUACGUGGUAUUUCAGUCAUGAUAUAGAGAAGGAGAAUAGACGACAGGCAAAAGAGAGGAGAUUGGUGGGGAAGGUGGAUAACAUCGUCGUCGUAUAG